UUCCCUUUUAUGGAGGCUCAGGCUGUGGAGGGAGCGACACCUAAUGGUGCCACCUGUUACACACAGUAAGCUUCCCAGGAAUAUGGUGGAAAGUGAGCAUGGCUUUGCUGUUGCCUGGCAACAUAGCAUACAUGACAUUAUUCCACUAAUGUCAUCUGAUGAUGUCAAAGUGUUUUGAUGUCAUGAGUGACGAGGCCUCUGUCCAUGAUGAUCUCAUAAGAGACAGAAGCCUUGAAUAUCCAGCAUCUGAAUCAAACAGUCAGAAGUCAAGUAGCAGCUUGGAGUUUGGUGGAUUUAACUUUGCAUUUUUUCGUAGCUUUGGUGAUACAUCGGUUGGAGAGUCAAAAUGUCGACAGUAACACCUCAUGCAUUAAACGAAGACGUAGUUAGACAAUUGUCUAAAGAUGAAUUGGCCUUUGUAGUUCUGGACUGGCUACAAAGAAUGAAAGACAUUGGUGCAAUGUUGAGAAGGGAGGAUGAAUUGGAGAAACAAUUGACGGAAGCUCAGGAAGAAAUCAAGCAUCUGAAACAGGAUGUUGUUUCUCUGACUGAAGAGCGAGACUCGGCUCUCUUUCAAAAGAAAAUGUUGGAAAAACGGACAAUCCCACAGUUAAACAGAGAGCUUGAGAAUCAGAGAAACCACAAGAAUCAGUUCAGGUCUGAGAUUCAAAAGUACCACCUGAAAGUCAUGGAGCUUUACACCACUUUCAAAAGCUUGGAGAGGCAGUCAAAACAGAAGGUUGAGAGUAUUUUGAUACAAACAGACGCAGUGGAGUCUCGCAGCACGGCAGACCAAAACACAAUCGAGAAGCGUGACGACAAAGUCAAGAGACUCGAGUUUGAGCUCUCCCAAAGAGAUGAUGAUAUCUGUAUUUUCAAGAAGGAGGCUUCAGACCACAAAGAACGGUGCAGACGUCUGGAAGGAAAAAUAGAAGAUCUACAAAAACAGCUGGAAAAGGGAGAAGAGGAGAUGAAAAAUAUUCUAAAGAAACUCCCAAAACCUCGAAAAGAGGAACUAAUUGCUAAAAGUAGGCAAGAGUUCAAAGCAACUCUACAAUUAUAUGAGCCUAUAAUAACUGAAGAAAAAUUGAGACGGCAGGGAUUAAUGAACCAUCUACAGAAAAAAGAAUCUGAAAUAAAAGGACUCUUGAAGAAACAGGCUGAGAGCAACUCAGAGCUCUCAGCCUUACAGCGAAAGGUAGCAGCGAUGAACGUAAAUGAGAAGAGAUGUUUUGACCGGCCAGAAUCAGAGUGGAGAAAACUUCAGGGGGAAAUUCAGAGCUUGAACGGUCAAGUGGGGGCACUGAUUGAAAGCAGGGAUCUGGACCGAGAGCGCAUAAAAAAACUCAAUGAACAAAUUGAGAAGUGGAAAACCAAAUACUACACAGAGAAGAAGAAAGAGGACGAUUUGCAGAAGAAAUGCAAAGAUUGGCAGAAAGAAUGCGAGGAUUUGAAGAAAUCCAAACAGAGCAAAGAGGCACAGGUCAAAAAUGACAUUGAUGUGGAAACACCUAAAACUGAAGGCAAAGUUGAGAUGAAAACUGAUAGACAGGUCAAAUUUUUACCACCUAUUGACCGAAAGACAGUUCGACUUCAAACUUUGCCUCUCGGUGAAGGAAAGUUGGUGCCAAAUUUUAAAGAGGAUAAGCUCCCAACGACAGAAAAGGUGGUGCUGUGCCGUGAGAUUCGGCCCUCAAAUCUCUCCGGAGGUUCCGAAGAAGAAGAGCACGUGUUUCCGGUUUUCCUCGGAGAGAAGUGUUUUUGA